GGCGCUCUGAUGCGGUCAAGGUAGCAGCGCGAGAGCUGCGUCAGCAGGGAAAACUUCACCGACAGCCCAAGUUGGAGGAAAGAAAAGAGUUUUCGAUUGUCAGGCCAUGUUUAGCCGCCUGUACAACGUCGUGCGGCAGCACAAAAAGAAGAUAUUCUUCAGUGUCGGCCUAGUCGGAGGCGCCUACCUUCUAAACCGGUAUCUGCAGCGAAAACUACGCGACUGGGAAACAAAACAAACUCAGAGCUACAUCGAUCAAAUCAAGCACCAGCACCACUUCGAAAACAUCCUGCAGACGUCGGACAGCACCAUUUUGACUCUCCUGGAGAAGGUAAGAGAGCCGCUACUCGCCAUACUCGAGACGGACAGCCUGCUCGAGAAGCUCAAGACGCGACCUGCAAACAGGCUCGAGCUUUGGGAGGAAAUCAAGGUGCGCCUUCUCACCUUUGCGCUGGCGAGCGUGUACGCGGAAAGUCUGCUCGCUUCGCUCGUUCGCGUCCAGCUAGGCGUCGUCGGCGGCUACGUGUUCGUCAACUCGCAGCGGGCACAACAAAACUCGGGAGGCGUGCUGCCGGCGCUCACCAACCAAGACAUUCACCAGCGGUACCUGGCUCAGGUGCAGCACUUUUUCGAGAACGGUGUGCACGAGCUUGUGCGCGUCAUCCGGGACGCUGUGGUGGCCGCCUUCGGCCACAUAGGCCUCAAGGAGCGCGUCGGCCCCGCCGACUUUGCGGUGGGUUUCGACUUCGUCAAGAAACACGUCUCGCGUGACUCCAAGAAGCCGCUCCCGGGCUUCCUACGUCUGCUUCUGCCUCCUCUUGAGGUCGAUGGCGACACGGACGAUGUGAGGAUGCUGAACGCGAUGAUCUUGGAGACGCGGGACAUACUCGAGACCGACGACUUCGCCAAGGUUCUCGGGAUGUGCAUAGACCGCGGCAUCACGGGCCUCACCAACGAUGUCGAGGUGUGUUUCCAAAACAUGCGCGCCGCGGAGCGAGAGAACGGCAGUGGCGAGCGAGCCGAAUGUUCUGUCGCGUCAACGUCUGCGGGAUAUCCUAUGGCAAAACUUUUGCCAGUGCUGAGGAACUGCCUCGUCUCCGGCAGACAAGAUGGCUUCCUCAGAACCGUGCUCCAGGAAGAACUACUCCGCAGCAUGAUUGCCAACGUCUACGAAGCCUUCUGUCAGACAGAGGAUGCAGAUAGGAUAAACCACAACCUAGCACCGUUGUCAUCGUGACCGUGAGAAACGGCGACACGAGCCGGCGAGCCGGUGACAAUUGACAGCGUAGUGACGGGCAAUGUCAGCAUUCGCAAUUACUUUGCUCGUUGUGCAGUCCAGUCGCUCCAACAAACUCCUUGUAUGGUUCUUCUUCACUUAUUGCCCGACAUCAUGUCAUUCAAAAAAAAAAAAAAAAACGUGUGGGAGAGUAGAUGCGACUGUCAUUUCGGCGUGCUUGUCAGUUUUCACAAAUUUCGCCUUGCUAGAAACGUUUGAUGAUGCCGAAUACCUACUCGGUUCAGCAACCCCGAUACAUGAUAUAUUCGUCGUAUUUGCGAACCUUCGUGGAAUUGCACUAACUUUAAGUGUGAGAAGAUGUAGGUUACUGCAGAUAUGACAAGUGUCAAAAACUCGUUAUUGUGCUCCAUCUUGGAUGCACUUGGUCCUGUCAUUUUGCCUUGACAGCUCAAUGUAAGGAAAUGUCACUGGCUGCAAUUUGUAGCUGCUGUUCUCAUGCAGCUUGUCAUACAAAAUUGAGGUCUAUAAUGUCUCCCUUUACAUAUCAUGCUUUUUUACUGUGCAUAUUGCAGCAGCUUGUGUUCCACGUUUUUUUUUUUGUUUAUGUGACUGUAGUUGGUCAUGCCAUUGCUCGAACGAAUCUUGGUAUUGCGAGUUUUGUGGGUGUGCGCAUUGUCUGAUUUAAAGUGAUAAAAAAAUGUCCAUAAGUGUAACCUGUGCUUGUCCAGCUUGCCUGACUAGUAUGUAGCUGUGGUUGGGCUCAACUAUUAAGGCAAGAGCGUUCUCACCUAGACAAUUAAGGCACCGUAGCCAAUUGCUCCUGUGACUAUAAAGUAGUAGUUUUGCUUUAAUCAUCAACCACAUUCUUGAUCGGCAUGAUUACUGGCUCAUAACAUCCUUCUAGUGUGUGUGUCUAUUGGUGCAGGCCUUGUCUGCAUCCGCCUUUGAGGUGAAGUGCUGCUACCUUCCGAAGUUGUACCCAACUAUAGUUACUGCACUAGUGUGAAACAGGCAUGGUAACAUCCUGGGGCCACUUGUAUUUAGUUCAGCACUUGCGAAUGCACUCAUUACAUUUUCAAUGCAGCUAUGCCUCUUUUCUGUUGAUUAAAUAAUAAUUUCGAAAAAAAAAUAAUAAAAUAUAUGGUGUUUAGCAUCCUAACACCACCAUAUGCUUAUGGGGGACUGGACUCCACAGUAGAGGACUCUGAAAAUUUUGUCUAUCUGCUCUACUCUAAUGUGCACCGACAUUACACCGUACAUGAGCCUGUAGCAUUUUACCUCCAUCAAAAUGCAACUGCCGUGAUUGAAUCCUGUGAUUUUCGGGCCAGCAGCCAAGCACCUUAGUCCCUAAACACUGCUGUGGACUCGUUUCAGAAAAGGGAAUGGCAUGAAGCAGUGUUUCUUGGUGCACUGCUAAGAUAAACAUUGUGGUGUUUGCAUUUAUCCGUGAAGGGUGGACUCGUGUUUUAUGCAUUCUUAACACUUGUACAAGUAAUAACUCUGUAGUGGGGCUCUGUGUCAUGUGAACGACAAGCAUUAAGUGGUGUAAUUUACAAUUCCAAGUGAGGUAUUUUGUAUGAGGGGAGGUAUAUUUGAAGCGUUUGUAAUACUGUUUGUCUUUACCACACCAUAAGCGCCAUGUGAAUUGGUAGGCUUUCUUUUUUCAAAAGUCUGCCCUUAGGCAUAAUAAUGUUUGGUUCAAAAAUACACAUGCAAAUUACCAUGGGCUUCACUGCUGGUUGGCUAGAGAAUAAAGAGUUAAUGACUGAG